GGCGCAUCCCAGGCUCUGGCGCAUUGGUGACCCCGGCGCAUUGGUGACCCCGGCGCAUUGGUGACCUCGGCGCACCGUGAGCCCUGGCGCAUUGGUUACCCCGACACAGCCCGGACCCCACCGCACGGCGGACCCUGGCGUAUUGGUCACCUGGGCUCUUUGGUGACUUCAGCGCACCGCGGACCACGGCUCUUGAGGGGGCGUGUGCGACUCUGUGUGACUAGAAGACAGAGUUGCAAACCGAGUUUGAGGGGCGGCUCUGAACCCUCUGCUGAGGUCCUGCCGCUUCCGCCGCCAGGAGCCUCCUUUCUCUCCGGACUUAGUUCGAGCGCCCGGUGACUUGGAACCUGCGAAUGGAGUGGUAGCUGAGGUCCAAGGCGUCGGACUUCCGCACAUCCCGUGAGGGAAAACGAGCGCGGUGAACGAGCCCCCCACCCCCAAAGGCUGAAAAAACCCGUGCGGUGAGGAGCAGCUCUAUUCCCUGGCGAUUGGAGACGGACACCUGUAGUCUCAGACGUGAGGUACGUUUUCUCAACUGAUCCACGCGGUUAAUCAGUACCAACAUGUCUCUUUCUACUGAUGAGGCCACAAACACCUCACAGACUCCAGCUUCGGAACUGGACACCCUGUUUACACCAAAGCCAUUGUUUUUGAAGUUGUUGAAGUCUGUUGGUGCACAAAAAGACACUUAUACUAUGAAAGAGAUUAUAUUUUAUCUGGGCCAGUAUAUUAUGACUAAACGAUUGUAUGAUGAGAAGGAACAGCAUAUGGUAUAUUGUUCAAAUGAUCUUCUAGGAGAUUUGUUCGGAGUGCCAAGCUUCUCUGUGAAAGAACAUAGGAAAAUAUAUGCAAUGAUUUACAGAAACUUGGUAAUAGUCAAUCCGCGGGAACCAUCAAAUUCCAGCACAUCUACCAGUGAGAGCAGAUGUCACCUUGAUGGUGACACCUUGAGUGAUCAGAAAGACCCUGUGCAAGCGCCACAGGAAGAGAAGCCUUCAUCUUCCAGUUUGGUUUCUAGCCCAUGUAUCUCAUCUAGAAGGAGAACAAUUAGUGAGACAGAAGAAAAUUCAGAUGAAUUAUCUGGUGAAGGACAGAGAAAGCGCCACAAAUCUGAUAGUAUUUCCCUUUCCUCAGAUGAAAGCCUUGCUCCCUGUGAAAGAAGCAGUACCACUGAAUUGACAGAGACUCCCUCACAUCCAGAUCAUGAUGGUGGUGUGAGUGAACAUUCAGGUGAUUUUUUGGAUCAGGACUCAGUUUCAGAUCAAUUUAGUGUAGAAUUUGAAGUUGAAUCUCUUGAUUCAGAAGAUUAUAACCUUAGUGAAGAAGAACAGGAACUGUCAGAAGAAGAUGAUGAGGAAAGUCUAGUUACUGUGCAUCAGGCAGUGGAUAGUGAUACAAAUUCAUUUGAAGAAGAUUCUGAAAUUUCCUUAGCUGACUAUUGGAAAUUUACUUCACGCAAUGAAAUGAAUCCUGGCCUUUGUGAGAACUGGCUUCCUGAAGAUAAAGGGAAAGAUAAAGUGGAAAUCCCUGAAAAAAACAAACUGGAAAAUGCAACACAAGCAGAAGAGAACUUUGAUGUACCUGAUGGUAAAAAUUUUACAGUGAAUGAUUCCAAAGAGUCUUGUGUUGAACAAAAUGGUUAUAAAUUCCCACGAACCUCCCAAUCACAAGAAAGCAAGGAAUAUUCUCACCCAUCAACUUCCAGUAGCAUUAUUUGUGGCACCCAAAACGAUGUCAGACGGUUUGAGAGGGAAGAAACAAAAGACACAGAAGAAAGUAUGGAAUCCAGUUUUCUCCAUAAUGCCAUUGAACCUUGUGUGAUAUGCCAAGGUCGACCUAAAAAUGGUUGCAUUGUUCAUGGCAAAACAGGACAUCUUAUGUCAUGUUUCACAUGUGCAAAGAAACUGAAAAAAAGGAAUAAGCCCUGUCCAGUGUGCAGACAACCAAUUCAAAUGAUUGUGCUAACUUACUUCAACUAGCUGUCUUUUCUUUAAAGUAGCAUUAUACAUUUCUAACUGUAACUCUAAAAAUUUAGAUAACCUGAAUUUUAUUUUUGCUUACAUGUAUGAAGGGAAGUAUCUCCCUGUAGAUUUCUUUGUAGUGUGAUUUACCUACUUGGGAAAAAAAUUAGUGAAUAUAUUCUUUCUUUUAGGAAAAUUUCACUUAUGUUUAUGUUUUGCAUUUG